UUUCUUGUUCUUUUAUUGUUCUUGUUCUUGUUCUCGCGUUGCUCUGUGGGCGUCCAUAUAGCUUUAACGUGGAUUUCUAGACUCGCCGCAGCUGCCUUCUCCCCGCUCUUCUCCAAUCCUUCGACAUAUGUCCGAGCAGGAGGACACGCCUCACUAUGUUCCCGAGAGAGGUUCUUUCUCCGUUAUGACCCUCGACCCCGUAGCGUCCGUUGCGUAUCUCGAAGACCCAGAGGCGACCGCCGCGGCCGCCGCGCUCGACAGCAAGGGCUAUGUGAUAUACCUUCCUGGGGUCAGGACCCUCUUCAGUCCGCAUGCGGCAUUCCGCGAAGAGAUCCCCUACUUCGUGCAGCGCGGAAUCCCGCGGGACAUUCCCGCACAGCAUGUCGAUGCAAGCAUGUCGCUUCCCAUCUCCCCUCAGACGAGCAGCGCCGAGCACCACCCAUCGACACGCGCACCACUCACGAUGGCGACGAAUGCGUUCCCAUGGGCGGAUUGCUACUUGGCGGCGUUCCUGACCACCACGGUCCGCAGCCCGAACGUCCGCGUCGUCGACCGCGUCGUGUGCGAGCUGGACAGGGCGGAGCGGUUCCGGGUUAUUCAGGCCAUCAACGCGGACGAUGACCUGCGGGACGACCGGCUGGAGGAACAGAGGCAGAGAGAGAAGGCCGCGCUCGUCGAAACGAACGGGCAUGGAAACGCUGGCGAUCAAGAGCAGGCGCCCGUCGACGAGGCCGAGGCCGUCGCCAUCUUCCGCGAGCUGAUAUCGAAUGAAGCGGAGGAGCACCUCCUCGUCGCCAACUUCACGUACGACCUGUCCCGCGUCGGCGAGGUGCACGACGUCCGCGAGUACUGGGCGGAGGCGGAGAGGAUUGCAGCGAUCGUCGCGGCGUCGCUGGCGCGGAAGGAAGCGGAAAAGAGGGCGAUAGCUGAGAAGGAUGCAGCAAGGUACGAUACGCGAACGGCCGAGCUUCUGCACGGCCACCAGGCCGCGCGGGCCACAGGUCUCCGCAUACGGCGAACCAUAACGCGCAGUGCUGCCCGGGCGAAAGCGCUGUUCCGGCGGAUACUCUUUUCCGCUACUCGACAUAGACAGGCGGCGGCUCGGCGGCUCGAGGGCGGGCGUCGCCAGCUGAAACGCGAGCUCCACGAUGCGCGCGCGCAGUUGUUCAAUGCUGGUGAGCGCGUCCUGCAACUGCGCCUGGAUCUCAGGCUCCUGGCCGUCGUCCCCCGGGGCCGGGGCCUGCUUUGGCGGCUGAUGAUGGUGCGCCCGCCGGCUGAUCGCCGCGCGUCGGCGUCCCGCAGGCGCACAGACUCCGCCUCCGGCUCUGCGACCUUCUGCUUCGCGCGCCGGAGCGGGUUGGAGAGGUAG